AUGCCUAAGCUGCUUAUAGAUGUCGGUUCCGAAGAUGACGCUAUCAACCCAUUUCUCUAUAAACCCACUGAAGUGACACCAUACGCAUGUCUAAGCUACUGCGGGGGACCCGAUACUGAAGAUGUUUUGCGGACAACUGCAAAGAAUUUGGAAGCGCACUAUGAAUCCAUUCCAUGGUCCAAGAUACCUCUUGGUAUAAAAGACGCCAUUCUAGUCUGCCGCGGUCUCAAAAUUCGCAGCUUAUGGGUGGACUCUUUGUGUAUCAUUCACGAUGAUUCCGUGGAUUGGCGAGGGGAUGUAGCAGAAAUAAACCGCAUCUAUCUGUAUUCUCGGCUUUCAAUUGCAGCUCUUGAACCAGCCACAUGCAAGUCACGAUUUCUAGGACCUCAGAAGUUUGCGCACCCGGCCUGGCAGAGUCGCUUUACCGCUGAAACUACGCUCAACCCAAAGGAACCGCCUCUUGAGGUUUUUGUGAGACCAUACUCUGGAAUAAAUAAUGAGCGUAAGGAAGACUUAUCAAGAAGCUCCCUCGAUAAGCGAGGAUGGUCUCUCCAGGAAAGUCUACUACCAGCCCGUCGGUUGUGUUUCAACGGCAACGAGAUGAUUUGGCAGUGUCUGUGUCGAACAAUAUGUGAGUGCGGUCACAUCCUGUGGAAGCCUCAAUCCUCUGAGUUUGGGUGUUUAGGGACACAUCUCAAGUUGAAGCGCUUAAAAGCAGAUGUAGUGCUCUCUCGUCCGCAACCAGCAUGGCACACUUGGCACAAGUACGACAGAUAUGACUAUCGCCGGAGCUGCCCUGGCUAUCCCCAAAACCCAUAUAAAAGAUGGAGAGAUAUUGUAGUGGAGUACACAAAACGCGAUCUUAUUCCCCGAAAGGAUAAGUUGAAUGCUGUCUCUGGGCUGGCUAUGCUGGCCCGUGAAGGUCUUCCAGAUGAUCCGCAAAGCCAAGAGGAUGAACACCCUGAAGAGUAUCUGGCGGGCCUAUGGAGAAGAGAAUUUCGCUAUGACCUUGCAUGGAUGGUGAAAUCACCCAUUGCGGAUCAGGGCAUAGCGGAGAUAUCAGGCAUCCCAAGUUGGUCAUGGGCAUCUGUUAACGCGCCUGUGACUUACAAAUUCGACGAUCCGAUACAAACUUGGAAGCACACCCCUUAUCUUAUAGAAUGCGUCAAGGUGGAAAGUGUUACAUGCCUAAGGGAAGUUGCAAACGAGGAAACAAGUAACGUUGUGAGUGGUGAGGCCAUCUUGACAGGCCUUGUAUCUCGUGUGAAGCUGGCUGUGAUGCUCGACGAAGGCGGAAUGGCCAAAGCGUAUGUGAGAUCCGCAAAUCUGCACUCCUACAAGGUGAAAUUGGACCGACCGAGAAGCUUGACAAUCUUCUCUGAAGAUCGGCAGAGUGCCUGCUGGAUGAAUGGUACAUGCCAGCACGAAGAUGACUGCUGCAAAUGGACAAUGGAGGAACACGAUGAGAAGCUUAUUUGCCUUGUGCUGUUUACGUGGACUGCCCCCGUCAACAAGAACGACCACAAUGGUAACCCGAGGCCAAAUAUGGGACCGGAAACCUGGUUUUUGGUGCUGAAGCCGUCUACUUCUGUUGACGGCGCAUUUGAGAGGAUAGGCAUCGGGCACCAUGCUUACUGGCUGGCCGAGAAAUGUGAGCUCUUUGCGGAUGAAGAGCUUGCUACGGUGAAAGUAGUUUAG